AGUGUGACGCAGUUAAAAAGGAAAAAAAAGAGCCACGAGCCAAACAGUUGCCAAUGAAAUAGGAGAAGGAGCGCUUUCAAGCACACGGGGCUGCUCCUGGACGCUCUGAGCUCACCCAUAGCACAGGGGUGCGUGUCCAGGUCAUGGAGUGACCCUCAACUCGGGUCUACACACGAGAGAAGGAAUGGCUCGGGAAGUCAGUCUGAAUUCCCUCCAGGAAUUGGAACGUGAGGUCAUCCUCCAGGUCCUGUACCGAGACCAGGCGGUUCAAAACAUCGAGGAGGAAAGGAUCCGGAAACUGAAAACACACCUGCAGCAUCUCCGGUGGAAAGGAGCAAAGAGCGUGAGCCAGGAGUACAGAGAGAACUCCUGUGCACGCUGCCAUCAGGAGCUGGGGCUCCUGCUGAACCGCGGGGCCGUGUGCCAGGGCUGCAGCCAUCGUGUGUGUUCUGAGUGCCGAGUGUUCCUGAGGAAGACCCGUGCCUGGAAGUGUACUGUGUGCUUUGAGGACAGAAAUGUGAAAAUAAAAACUGGAGAAUGGUUCUUUGAGGAACGAGCCAAGAAAUUUCCAACAGAAGGCAAACACGGGACAGCCGGAGCAAAGCUCUUGCAAUCUUAUCAGGAGCUGAGCAAAAUUUCUGUGGUUCCUCCCACCCCACCUCCUCUGAGCGAGAGCCAGUGCAGUGGCAGCUCUCACAGGUUACAGGAACUUGGUCAGUUUAAAGGAUUUAAUAAGUCCGUGGAAAAUUUGUUUCUGUCUGUUACCACCCACAUGAAAAAGCUUUCCAAGUCCCAGAAUGACAUGACCUCUGACAAGCAACUCCUAGCCACGGGUCCCAGGCAAUGUGCUAGCCGGACAGAGAGAAGGAGCCAGUCUGACACUGCCAUCAACGUCACCACCAGGAAGGCAAGUGCGCCAGAUAUUCUAAAAGCCCUCAAUCAAGAGAGUCCCAAACGCCCUACUAACCCUGUUUUGAAGCAAGAAGAUCUCUCAUCCCGGCCAACGCCCAGUACUGUAUUCUCAGGAGGCUUGAGACACGCAAGUCUAAUUAGCAUUAACAGCACUUGUACAGAGAUGGGCAAUUUUGACAAUGCUAAUGUCAGUGGAGAAAUAGAGUUUGCCAUUCGCUAUUGCUUCAAAACCUGUUCGUUAGAAAUAUGCAUCAAGGCCUGUAAGAAUCUUGCCUAUGGAGAGGAAAAGAAGAAAAAGUGCAAUCCGUACGUAAAGACCUAUCUGCUGCCUGACAGAUCCUCCCAGGGAAAACGCAAGACUGGAAUCCAAAAGAACACAGUGGACCCAACCUUUCAGGAGACCUUGAAGUACCAGGUGGAGCCUGCCCAGCUGGCGACACGGUGGCUGCAGGUCUCUGUAUGGCACCUGGGCACUCUCACCCGGAGGGUGUUUCUUGGAGAGGUGACCAUCCCUCUGGCCACAUGGGACUUUGAAGAUAGCACGACACAGUGUUUCUGCUGGUAUCCGCUGAGGGCCAAGGCAGAGAAAGUAGAUGACGGCAUUCUUCCGAAUAAUGGAGAACUAGCAGUCCGGGCCAAACUGGUCUUCCCUGCAGGGCCCAGAAAGUUCCAGGAGGCCCUAGAAGGGACAGAUUGGCCAUCCCCCAACGGUCAGCUUUGUUUGGUCGUGCUGGGAGCCAAGAAUUUGCCUGUGCGGUCAGAUGGUACCCUCAACUCCUUUGUUAAGGGCUGUCUCACUCUGCCAGACCAACACAAACUGAAGCUAAAGUCCCCAGUGGCGAAGAAGCAGGCUUGUCCCCGGUGGCAGCACUCCUUCGUGUUCAAUGGCGUGAGCCCUUCCCAGCUGAGACAGUCAAGCCUGGAAUUAACCGUCUGGGACCAGGCCAUCUUUGGUGUGAGCGACCGCCUGCUGGGGGAAGCCAGGCUGGGUUCUAAGGAAAACGUAGCUGGUGGCAGGGACAUGUGCUCACAGUCCGAGCUCCAGUGGCAGAAAGUUCUUUCUAGCCCCAAUCUGUGGACAGACAUGACACUCGUCCUGCACUGAAGCCAGAGUUCCAGUCUGCAGCAAGAAGGUUGGCUGAAGGCAUGGACGUGGACACAUGGCUGCAGGCCCUGUGGAGCAUGGACACUCACUGUCUGCAGCUCUGGCACGGGGCACAGACCCUCUUCCAUAGCCCUGUCUGUAUUUAUGUUAAAUAAGACUGUCUGGUUUCUGUGCUUUGAAUAAAGGUUUGUUACCUCUGUCCUCCUGUGCUUAUCAAAUA